AUGGGCGAUUUCCAGGGGUUCAUCCAUGGAUUGGUGACCGCGGCCUGGGAGAUACUCAGUCAUUUAUGCAUGCAGGAUCAUGCGCAGAUGCCCCCCAUUCCAUGGACGGCAUUAUAUGAUGAUCCUAGCCAGAGCCAGGCUGGGUGGAACUUUUUGCAUGACGCACGGACCCAGUGGCCGGUGGAUGGGACCCACUGGAUGAUCGACCGGCUGCGGGCUGAGCUGUUGGCUGCAUGGCAGGCCGCGCAGGUCGCGCAGGGGAGCCAGGCCGCACAGGGUAGCCAGACCGCGCAGGGAAGCCAGACCGCGCGGGGGAGCCAGGCCGCGCAGGGAAGCCAGGCCGCGCAGGGGAGCCAGGCCGCGCAGGGAAGCCAGACCGCGCAGGGGAGCCAGGCCGCGCACAGGAGCCAGGCCGCGCAGGGAAGCCAUGGCAUGCAGGGAAGCCAGGCCGCGCAGGGAAGCCAGGCCGCGCAGGGUAACCAGGCCAUGCAGGCAUGGUUAUGGGGCCCCGACCCCGGUACAGGCCGCGAAUGGUCGUCAGAGCGGUUCCGGGAGGCAUUGAAAUGGGAAACCUGCACCCGGCUAGGCACCGCCAUCCAUAUCGCGGCAUACCGGGACAUCGCCAUUGGAAUCAGCCGCUGA